AAUUCCCUAUGAUUUCUAUAUAUCACGUUAAUGUUUCUUCAACUUCAGCAUCUUCAGGAUACUUCGUGAUCCCCCGCACUUGCUCCUCUCACCUACCACCGCCACAUCACUUCACUCCCUUUGCUUUCGCUUUUUUCAAAAAUGUUGGGGGCUCCGAUCAAAAUAUCUUCUUCGCCUUCUUGCUGUUCUUCUUCUGAAAAUAGAAAGGCGAUCAUGUUGUCGCCGGUUUGUUUAGAUAAAUCGAGGUCUUUUCAGUUUCUUUUCUCGGGUUCUAAAUUGCAGUGCUCCAAAACUUUGGAUAUCAAGCAGCUCUCCAGCGCCAAGUUCCGGGUCUCCCGAGGAUCGAAAUUUCGAGUUUUCUGUGAUUCCAAGACACAAGAGUUGCAGAUUAGAAGGUGUUCGCCUUUACUAGAAAAGGCAUCACUGCCAAGUAAUGGUGCACCGCUCUCAGAUGAAUGGAAAGCAGUCCCAGACAUUUGGAGGUCUUCAGCAGAAAAGUAUGGUGAUCAAGUAGCAUUGGUGGAUCCAUAUCAUGAUCCACCCUCUACCUUGACAUAUAAGCAGUUGGAGCAGGAAAUAUUGGACUUCGCCGAAGGUUUAAGGGUUAUUGGAGUAAAGCCAGAAGAGAAGUAUGCACUUUUCGCUGAUAAUUCGUGCAGGUGGCUCGUUGCAGAUCAAGGUAUAAUGGCAACAGGAGCUAUUAAUGUUGUCAGAGGGUCAAGAUCAGCUGUGAAAGAGCUUUUACAUAUAUACAAUCAUUCAGAAAGUGUUGGGCUGCUUAUUGACAAUCCAGAAUUUUUCAAUCGUCUUGCUGGGAAAUUUUGUUCCAAUGCAAGUAUGAGAUUUAUUGUUCUACUUUGGGGGGAGAAAUCAUGCCUGGCCAACAAUGAAACACUUGGUGUACCUGUAUUCAGUUAUAAGGAGAUGGUGAAGUUAGGAAGGGAAAACCGUGCUGCCCUUAUCGAUUCUCUUGAUGCUAGAAAAGGUUACAGAUAUGAAGUGAUUGGCUCAGAUGAUAUUGCUACCCUUGUAUAUACGAGUGGAACCACUGGUAACCCAAAAGGCGUUAUGCUUUCACAUAAAAACUUAUUGCACCAGAUAGAAAAUUUGGGGGUUCUUGGACCUGCUAAAGCGGGGGAUAGAUUUCUAAGCAUGCUUCCUACUUGGCACACAUAUGAGCGGGCUUGUGAGUAUUUCAUAUUUACGCGUGGAAUUGAGCAAGUAUAUACAACUGUGAGAACUUUGAAGGAUGAUUUGAGAAAUUAUAAGCCAGAUUAUAUGAUUUCAGUACCUUUAGUGUAUGAAACACUCUAUAGUGGAAUUCAAAAGCAGAUAUCUUCAAGCCCCAAUGCUAUUAAAUUAAUAGUAUUUUCAUUCAUAAGGAUCAGCUUGGCAUACACGGAGUUGAAGAGAAUUUAUGAGGGACUAUGCCUAACAAGAAAUCCGGAGGAACCUUCGCAUAUUGUAUCCAUGUUCGACUACUUAUGGUCUAAAACUAUUGCUACAAUAUUGUGGCCUUUGCAUGUCUUAGCAACAAAGUUUGUCUACAAAAAAAUCCGCUCUGCUAUUGGGAUACAAAAGACUGCCAAAAGCGGAGGUGGAAGUUUGCCAACACAUAUUGAAAAGUUUUAUGAGGCAAUUGGUCUGGAAGUGCAGAAUGGAUAUGGUUUAACAGAAACAUCCCCUUGCAUUGCUGGUCGACGACCUUAUUAUAAUGUUCUUGGUUCUGUUGGGCAUCCAAUUCCACUCACAGAAUUCAAAGUUGUAGAUUCCGAAACUGGUGAAAUCCUCCCACCUGGCUCCAAGGGCAUUAUAAAGGUCAGGGGACCGCCAGUGAUGAAAGGUUACUAUAAGAAUCCAUUGGCUACGAGGCAAGCCCUAGACGAAGAUGGUUGGCUAAAUACUGGUGAUAUAGGUUGGAUUGCUCCUCAUCAUUCAGUAGGGCGAAGUCGUCGAUGUGGAGGUGUGAUAGUUUUCGAAGGACGUGCCAAGGACACUAUUGUUCUUUCUUCUGGUGAAAAUGUUGAACCUUUAGAGAUCGAAGAAGCUGCCUUAAGGAGUACUCUUAUUCAACAGAUCGUUGUCAUCGGCCAGGAUCAACGACGCCUUGGCGCUGUCAUUGUCCCAAACAAAGAUGAAGCACUCCUGGCAGCAAAAGAGGCAUCUGUUGUAGAUGCAGAUGCCGUAGAUCUUAGCAAGGAACUAAUUUCAAGCAUGCUAUAUGAAGAAUUGAGGAAGUGGACCUCCGAGUGUUCAUUUCAAAUUGGACCAAUUCUUGUUGUGGAUGAACCUUUUACGAUCGAGAGUGGCUUAUUGACUCCAACCAUGAAAAUCCGAAGAGACCAAGUUGUGGCUCAAUACAAGGAGGAAAUAGCCAAUCUCUACAAGUAGGUUCCCUUUGAAAAAAAACAUGACUAGACUAUCAUAAUGUCCAAGACUGCAAUAAGACUAGUCAUGUAAGUUAUUCUCAACAAAGUUGUAUGAAAAUGUACAUUUUAUCUAUUUCCAAUUGUUAGGAUCUUGUUCUUGUGGUA